UAAAUUUAUGAAAAAAAAUAUUGUUCCGCGAUGGUUCCGCGUAAUUGAGUUCAUAAUUAAAUAAAUUUUACAUACUAACACUGAUAAAUUGAUAACUCUAAGAAGUGGAAUCAGGAUCCUAUUUGAGUGUAUAGUCCAAAAAACACAUCAAAAUGUUGCUUCCAAAGAACAUUCACCGGAAUUUUAUUCUGCCUAUAAAAAUGAACAAAAGUUCGAGAUUGAUAGUUUGUCGCCGUAAUUUAAAUACAGAUUCGAAUACACAACAUGAAAUCAAAGACAAAUACGAUGUAAUCGUUGCCGGCGGUGGAAUGGUUGGAUGCACUAUGGCUUGCGCUUUAGGGAAGAACUCAAUACUUUCCAAUUUAAAAGUGCUGUUACUGGAGGGCAGUCCCAGUCCGAGGUUUAACCUAAAGCCUGAAUAUAGCAAUAGGGUAGUGGCGUUGAGUCAGAACACAAAGACUUUGAUGACCUCUCUGAAGGCAUGGAGACAUGUGGAGGAUAUGCGUCUGCAGCCUGUACGACAUAUGCAAGUGUGGGAUGCCUGCUCUGAUGCCCUGAUUACAUUCAGUAGUUCCGAGAUCUUAGAUGACGAUGUGGCAUACAUAGUAGAAAACGAUGUGUUACAACAUGCUGUAAACACUGAACUGGCUUCUCCUGAUGUGAAGAAUGUGGACAUCGUAUAUGGAGCCAAAAUCUCCGGGUAUGAGUUAGCGAAGAACAAUAAAAUGGAUAGCUUGGUGACUAUGGAGAAUGGAGAUUGUUAUUCCUGCAAAUUAUUGAUCGGCGCGGAUGGAGCGAAGUCCGCGGUGCGAGAGGCUAUGGGCGUGCAAUACUUGUCGUGGAGCUACGACCAGAUGGGCGUUGUUGCCACUUUGGAGUUAGCUGAGGAAACUGAAAACACAACAGCAUGGCAGCGGUUCCUACCAACCGGUCCCGUGGCGUUAUUGCCCCUCAACUCCAGGCAGAGCUCGCUAGUGUGGUCCACCAACGUGGAACACGCGAAGCAGUUGCUGCAGUUGCCUGAGGAACAGUUCGUCGAUGCGCUGAACGAUGCCUUGUGGAAGCAAUACCCCCGCAGCGGCACCGUAGACACCAUGACAUCCUGGCUAAGCUCAUGCCUGAAAAACCUAGGUCUCCCGGACGGCACAGCCCGGCAAUUGCCUCCUUCAGUCCGUCAGAUCGCGCCUAAAUCGCGAGCCGCCUUUCCUCUAGGGUUUGGGCAUAGCACUCGAUACAUCGCUCCGGGCGUCGCGCUAAUAGGAGACGCGGCGCACCGCGUGCACCCGCUGGCGGGGCAGGGCGUCAACCUCGGCUUCGGCGACGUCAGAGACCUAACAGCUUUCCUCUCCGACGCCAUCUACACUGGACUAGACUUGUGCGACAACUCCUGGCUGGAGAAGUACGAGACGUCCCGGCAGCGCCACAACGUGCCGACCCAGCUGGCCGUGGACGCGCUGCAGCGGCUGUACGGCGCGCAGCUGCCGCCGCUCGUGCUAGCGAGGAGUCUCGGCCUGCAGCUCACCAACGCGCUGCGCCCCAUCAAGAAAAUGAUCAUGUCGCAUGCUACAACGUAAGCUACCAAAGAAAAGAUUAUAUCAAACGGUGCACGGCAGAAAAGGCUGAUAAAUAUAAUUAAGGGUGGUUAAGUAGACUAUAAUAUAUUAUAGUUAAGUUUGUACCUGAAGUGGAUAUGUGCAAUGUUUUAAGAACCCGUAAAAUUUGCAAAAAAAGGACACUGUAAUGAUAAUAAAAUCAAUUACGGAGUUAUAUCUAUCUUUGAUAAAAUUAAGUGUGUCACAGUGUUAGCGUUCAAAAGUAACAAAUUUGUCAGAGAAUAUUUCCAUAAUUUAGUUUCCUCAAAAAUAUAGAUAUAACUCCGUAAUAGAUGGAUACAGUCUAAGGAAAAAACGUGCCUCGAAAAUCACGAAAAUUUGAUCCUUGAUCAGAUGUCACCACUAGUUUUGGCCUACUCUCGUAUAGAGGGCGUUGACGGUUUCGUUUGUUAUUCAUAAUUUUAACGCAUAUCAGUGAAAGAACAUGGGUCAAAAUCAUAUAAAAAUAAUUAAUGCAAAUAAAAAAAUCAUUUAUCCAUAUUUAAAUACAUUUUAACGUAUUUUUAUAAAUCUUCAUUUUUAGUUUUAAAGUAUGUCGAUAGAUGGCAGUGAAUUUACAGUGGUUUCAAAAUUUACUAUGACAGUACCGCUCUAUCUUAUUAUAUCCUCUUUGGUUUCCUGAAGGUUAAGGUUAGAAUUUUGAUUAAAUCUAAUUAGCAGUUCCCGAUUGUAAUGUAUUUGUGGAAAAUUAAAUAUUUUGAAAUGUU